UCUGGUUUAUUCUUUGGAUUUAGGUUACAGGAAGGCUUUAUCGUGUUAUGGCAGGCUUAUUUAUUCCCUAAUUACACUCAUUCCUUCAUUAUUUCUUACCUUCCUUUUUCAACCCUUAUAUUUUCGCUGUAAUCUAUUGUGUCUAGUUUCAUUUAUAUCCAUGGAAGGCUUUAUCGAAUUAUGGCAGGCUUAUUUAUUCGCUUAUAUUAAUUAUUCCUUCAUUAUUUCUUACCUUCCUUAUUCAGUUCUUAUAUUUUCGCUGUAAUCUAUUGUGUCUAGUUUAAUUUAUGCUGACAGAAUGCUUUAUCAAAUUAUGGCAGGCUUCCAUACCUACUUAUGCUUCCUUUAUUGCUGUGAAGACGAAGCAUGUUUUAAGCAAGUUUUAAUGUCUAUAUUCAUGUUUAGUUCCCACGGCGGUAAAUAUAUUGCUUUCAUUAUAUAGUAACGCUGCCCUAUCUCGCUUCCCGUCACCCACGUUAUGUACGUAAUUGACCUUCAAACCUCCCGGAAAAUAAUAUAAUCAAAGUGUGGCUGGCUGGCUUCUAUAUACUUAUGCUUCCUUUGUUGCUGUGAGGACGAAGAAUGUUUUAAGUAAAUUUUAAUGUCUAUUUUCAUGUUAAAUUCCCACGCCGGUAAAUAUGGUUUCAUUAUAUAGUAACCCGCUCAUAUCUCGCUCCCCGGCGUCACCCACGUUAAUUAACCUUCAAACCGCAGGGAAAAUAACAUAAUCAAAGUGUGUCAUUAUCAAAACCAUAGUAAAGAUCAACCGUCAAAAAACUCGUGAAAAAAUGGUUAUAAUACGUCUGUGUUGCACGAGGACCCGUAGCAACAUUUGGCGCCAAUACGGUAUCUGUUCUCUGCUCUGAUUGGCUGCCGUGCGUCUUGCUGUGCGCUGAUUGGCUGAGAGCCCUGGCCCUUUUUCUCUCGAGCUCUCUGAUUGGUCGGCACUUCAACGUUUUAGCGCAAGUAUGGCCAUCCCGCGUGGGCCCGUCCACCCUCACGGCAUGGCUCCGAGGACACGCUCUUCAUAUUGCCUUUACGAGCUUCCCAGGGCCGCGAGCAGUGUUAUUUGAGGUCAACAAGACAGCAGAUGUAGGCGGUGUAGGUCAGGAGGAGACGACAGCACCAUCACAUGCCUGCCUAAGGCCAGAAAGAUGUCCAGGACAGGGAGGAGGAGGAAGAAGACUGCAGGAGGCUGUGGAAAGGCUUGACACAGCACCUUCACGUGCCUGGCUAAGGCCAGCAAGAUGUGCAGGGCAGGAAGGAGGAGGAAGAGCACUGCAGGAGGUUGUGGAGAGGCGGUGUGGGUGGGCGCAGGAGACAUGACACGGCACCAUCACACACCUGGCUAAGGCUGGGGCAGUAAAGGGAAGAAAAAAGACAAGAAUAAAGAAGAGAAGGUGUCACAUAUAUAUGGGUUACAGGUGACACUGGAGGAGGUGACUCGUUUCGUCUGUCCGGGAGAUCUGAUGUGAAACGUACUGGAGAUGUUGUUUAAGUGUAACAGGCCUGGAAAAAUAUUUAAGUGGAACAUGUGUGCAAAAAUAUUUAAGUCUGAUGUGCUGGGUAAUAUAUUUAAGUGUGACAUGCUGGGUACUAUAUUUAAGUGUGGCGUGCUGGGUACUAUAUUUAAGUGUGACGUCCUGGGUAAUAUAUUUAAGUAUGAUGUGCUGGGUAGUAUAUUUAAGUGUGACGUGCUUUGUAGUAUAUUUAAGUGUGAUGUACUGGGUAAUAUAUUUAAGUGUGACAUGCUGGGUACUAUAUUUAAGUGUGGCGUGCUGGGUACUAUAUUUAAGUGUGACGUCCUGGGUAAUAUAUUUAAGUAUGAUGUGCUGGGUAGUAUAUUUAAGUGUGACGUGCUGGGUAGUAUAUUUAAGUGUGAUGUACUGGGUAAUAUAUUUAAGUGUGACGUACUGGGUAGUAUAUAUAAGUGUGAUGUACUGGGUAGUAUAUUUAAGUGUGACGUGCUGGGUAGUAUAUAUAAGUGUGACGUGCUGGGUAAUAUAUUUAAGUGUGACAUGCUGGGUAAUAUAUUUAAGUGUGACGUACUGGGUAGUAUAUUUAAGUGUGACGUACUGGGUAGUAUAUUUAAGUGUGACGUACUGGGUAGUAUAUUUAAGUGUGACAUGCUGGGUAAUAUAUUUAAGUGUGACGUGCUGGGUAAUAUAUUUAAGUGUGACAUGCUGGGUAAUAUAUUUAAGUGUGACGUGCUGGGUAAUAUAUUUAAGUGUGACGUGCUGGGUAAUAUAUUUAAGUGUGACAUGCUGGGUAAUAUAUUUAAGUGUGACAUGCUGGGUAAUAUAUUUAAGUGUGAUGUGCUGGGUAAUAUAUUUAAGUGUGACAUUCUGGGUAAUAUAUUUAAGUGUGACGUUCUGGGUAAUAUAUUUAAGUGUGAUGUUCUGGGUAAUAUAUUUAAGUGUGACAUUCUGGGUAAUAUAUUUAAGUGUGACGUUCUGGGUAAUAUAUUUAAGUGUGACGUUCUGGGUAAUAUAUUUAAGUGUGACGUUCUGGGUAAUAUAUUUAAGUGUGACGUUCUGGGUAAUAUAUUUAAGUGUGACGUUCUGGGUAAUAUAUUUAAGUGUGACAUUCUGGGUAAUAUAUUUAAGUGUGACAUUCUGGGUAAUAUAUUUAAGUGUGACGUUCUGGGUAAUAUAUUUAAGUGUGAUGUUCUGGGUAAUAUAUUUAAGUGUGACGUUCUGGGUAAUGUAUUUAAGUGUGACGUUCUGGGUAAUAUAUUUAAGUGUGACGUUCUGGGUAAUAUAUUUAAGUGUGACGUUCUGGGUAAUAUAUUUAAGUGUGACGUUCUGGGUAAUAUAUUUAAGUGUGACGAGCUGGGUAAUAUAUUUUAAGUAUUUAAGUAGCACAGACCUUGUGGCCGCAGCGGAGGCUCAGGACGGACCCGCUCGGCGCUGACUGACUGACUCCACGGGUCGAGUGGCCAAGAAGUUUGUCGAGGGGGACGAAGCCAGCAAGUUCAUCAGUGUCUUGUCUUGUUUUGUUGUAGUUUAGGUGAUGUUCACGGUCGUCUUGGGAGUCCACCGCCUGAGGACUUCAAGUGUGCUGAAGGCCAUUGCGAGAAACAUAAGGAGGCCAGAGCUUUCUUUUCAAGCUUGAUAACAUGAGUCCUUUGAUUGUGUUGGCUUUCAAACAGUUGUGUGAGCAUCUACCGUGGCUUCAGUGACAGGCUAGGUAAUUAGUUCUUGUUGUCUUGAGUCUUGAGUCUGUUAGUCCCAAAAAGCUGCUGCUUCUUUUGACCUGUAACGCUUUGUAUCGCUUCUUAGGUCCUCCUCCUCUCGUUCCUCUCUUCUUAUUAAGUGUAGGUGUGCCUGCCAUGGCUUCUACAGGCACUUUAGGGUGGGUGGAGGCAGCAUCAGUCACAGCAAGCACCACAUGGUGCUUGCUGUGACUGCUUCUUCUGGCAGUCUGUUCCACACUUGUACAGCUCUAGGGAACGUGCUGUACAAGUAGCAGUCCACUGAACGUCGGAGGUUGUGUGUGCCUCCUCCUCCGGCGCUUCCCACAGCCUCGCAUCACCCAUCCUGCAGGACACAGGGAACAAGUUGGCAAGGACAUAAAGCAAUGCUCAGCACCCCAUGAGAAGAGGUCAAGUCAGCAUUCCUCCUCCUCCUCCUUUUAGUCAUUCAUCUCUCUCUCUCUCUCUCUCUCUCUCUCUCUCUCUCUCUCUCUCUCUCUCUCUCUCUCUCUCUCUCUCCCCCUCAGAUCUUCCUUCCCCUGUUCCGCUCAUCCACCACUGUUAGUAAACCAGUUUUUGCCUAUGUCCUGUCUGAAUAUAUCCAUUCUACACUCAUUGCUACGUGUCCUACCUGGUUCUCUUAUUAUCAGAACCUUAUUAAUAUUCCCCUUAUUAAAGCCCUUGCAAGAUUGUGUGCUUUCCUGAGAGCGAGGCAAUACAACCCCCGUCAACCAGCAGCUCAGCUAUUAAAUCUCCAACCAGA